AUGUACAGGGCCGUCAUCCUGUCGACGCUACUGUACGGAGCGGAGACCUGGACAGUGUACGCAAAGCAGGCACGCCGUUUGAACCACUUCCACCUCAGUUGUCUUCGUCGCAUCCUGAGGCUGAACUGGCAGGAUCGAAUCCCCGACACUGAUGUGUUGGAACGGACGGGAAUCGUCAGCAUCUACACCAUGCUGAGAAAAAUGCAGCUGCGUUGGAGCGGCCCCCUGGUGCGCAUGGACGACGAGCAACUACCCAAACGACUCUUCUACGGAGACGUCGCGACGGGUUCUCGCCGUCAAGGAGGCCAGAUUCGCCGUUACAAGGAUACUCUGAAGUCCUCCCUGAAGCGUCUGCAAAUCAACCCGACCAACUGGGAAAAGCUCGCACUCGGCCGACCGACCUGGAGGAGGACAGUGAAGACAGGCGCUGCGAUCUACGACGCCAAUCGCAUCGCUGCCGCCAAAGUGAAACACGAAGCCCGCAAAUCACAACUUCACCCAUUACGCAACGCACCCGCACAACCGCUCCCAACGUGUCCUUGAUGUCAACGGACAUUCCGGGCUCGAAUCGGACUUGUUGGACAUCUUCGGAUCAACUGCGCCUCUCGACCAGCAUCAACCAUCGUCCCCCCGCCCGCCUCUUCCUCCUCCUCUCUGCCGCCAACUAACUCUGACGAUUCUUCUGAACCACCACUCCCACCCUCCUUCUCCUCCUCCUCCACCACCUCCUCCUCCCACUCCUCCUCCUCCUCCACUGCUCCAACGACGGCCGCUCAGGCGACUGUCACGCGCGCAAAUACCGACACCACCACCACCUCCACCGACUCCAGCGAUGAAGAUCAGGACUACACCUGCCCUCACUGCGACCGCACCUUCACCUCACACAUCGGCCUGGUCGGUCACUUGCGAAUCCAUCGCACAGAGCCUGGCGAACCAGUACCUGGAGCACCAACCUACACCCACCGCACUCGCCUCCACAGCCCACACUGCCCUCGCACCUUCAGACAUCGCAUGGGUCUUUUCGGCCACAUGCGCAUCCACGAGAUCGGAACUGACCGCAGUACCGACUCAUCCAUCAUGCCCAUCCCCACACCUACUUCAUCAACCUGCGCACCCACCGCACUCCCCGCAAUUAAAACCGACACCAUCGACAUCCCCUGCCCACACUGUCUACGCACAUUCAUCUCUCGCAUCGGUCUGGUCGGUCACUUGCGAAUCCAUCACACAAAAACCGAAGGACCAGUGCCUGGAGCACCAACCUAUACCCACCAAACUCGACUCAACUGA